AUGAAGCUAGGUGAAGUGGAUUCGUAUCAUUUGGAUACUUCUCCUGGUUUGACAAAAUGUUAUGUCCCUUUGUGUGAAGAUUCAAUUAAACCUUUUGUUGGGAAGGUUUUUCCUGAUUUGGAUAUUGGGGUUGCAUUUUAUAAUAAAUAUGCAUCGAUUAUUGGGUUUGAUGUUCGACUAGGUUACAUGGCAAAAUCUAAUAAUGAAGUAGUGUUUGGAGUAUUGUCAAGACAGUUUCUGAAGUUGAAUAGAAAGGUUGGUCCUGGUCAUAUGAAGUUCGUUGCUGAUUGUGGAAAAGUGAACAUUGGGCCAGUGCAGAGUUUUCGGUUGUUUGGUGAGAUGUUUGGUAGGUUAUCAAAUGUUGGUGCAACAAGUUUGGAAUUUUGGAAUAUUAAAAGGGAUAUAGAUUCAUUUUCUGCUGGGAUUGGGAUGAUGUUGUUUCUAGGAAGAAUUUUACCCUUUUUUGGUGAUGUUGUGUCAUUUGAUGCUACAUAUCAGACAAACAGGUUGUUGACAAAAGAGGAUAUUGAGUCAUAUGUGUGGUUGUUUGAGAAAUUCAAGGAAGCGAUGUGCAGCGAGCUAAGAUUGCUUGUUACUGAUCAAGACCCAGCAAUGAGGGUUGCAUUCCCACGUGUGUUCAAGGAAGCUAAGCAUAGGUUUUGCAUUUGGCACAUUAUGUAUAAGGUAGGAGAUAAGGUUGGCCCUUCAUUGAGUAAAAAUGAGACUUUUAUGUCAAAGCUGAAUUCUGUUGUAUGGAGUCAUUAUUUGGAACCAGCUGAAUUUGAUCAUCAAUGGAAUCUUUUCAUGGAGGAAUUUGGGUUGUUGGAGCAUAGUUGGUUUCUCAAAAUGUAUGAUCUUCGUCAUCUUUGGAUCCCCGCAUAUUUUAGCAAUGUUAGUAUGAAUGGUUUAAUUAUGACUACUUCACGUUCAGAGAGUGAGAAUAACUUGUUUGGUUCUUUUACUACUCCUCAGUCCAAUUUGGUUGAAUUUUUUAUGCAUUUUGAUCGUGCUAUUGGCAGUCAACGUUAUUCUAUUAAUAAACUCAACAGUGACUCUGAGGCAUGUUUUCCAGAUUUGAAGACACCGUUGUCCAUGGAGAAACAUGAUGCAUAUGUGUAUACUCUUACAGUUUUUUAUUUGGUGCAAGUUGAGAUUUGUGCAGCAUGUUUUAGUUGUCGAGUUCUAAAUGUUCGGGAGGACCAAGGUGUUUUGUAUUAUGAUAUGAAAGAUGGAAAUGAUCGAGUUUUUAGUGUGGUGCAUAAGGUUGCUGAAGUCAUAGCUUCAUGUGGAUGUAAAAUGUUUGAAAUGUUAACCGGUGGACCAAAAGUGCAUCAUUGGGUCGGACUUUUGAUAGGUGUUGUUGUUGAUCAAUGUGGAGGUGUUGAUGAGAAGUUUGUGCUAUUGAAAAAUGUUUGGUUAGAUAUUCAAUGUUGUGUUAGUAUGGUUCAGUCUGACAUGGAUCGUUUGCAAGUGUUUUCCCAGAUCAUUAAGGAGCAUAAAGAUAUGUUUUUGGCUGAUAAGGGUGGCUGUUCUUCUGCUGUUGAUAAGAGGUCAAUCAUUGAGUUAGUAUGUGGUUCUUCAGUUCCUUCUGGAGUUUCUAUUCUUCUACCAAACAAAGCAAAAAACAAGGGUAGUGGUAGGCGCAUUAAAGGAUGCAAGGAGAUUGCUAUUGAACAAAGUAAGAAGGAGAGGACUUGCAAGAGUAGCAACAAACCUAAUCAUGAUAGUAGGAAUUGUCCGUUGAGGAAAAUGAAGGAUAAAGUGUGCAAUUUAUAG